UAAGCAUGCUGAUUGAGGCCUUAAAUCUUUUCCAGCCGCAUUUCUCGCUGUCUCCCCCACCGUCGUCACUUCGCUGCCCUCUCUUCCCUUCCACCUGAAAGUGAAGCAAACGAAGAUGAAGCAAAGAACAUGGCCUACUCGAUCUGAUGCCUGUCGAUUUAAAUCUCUUCCUUUACCCAACAUCAAAUCUCUGGCUUUCCAUUCCACUACAAUCCCAUCUAAUUCUAGAUCAACAAGAUCAUCUUCUUCCUCCGAUUUUCGCGAUUUUUCCACUCUUCCGUUCGAUAUUUUAACCAAAAUCGCCGCCUCCUUCACGUUGCCUAAUCUACAAGCGGCGUCUCUGGUGUGCCGCUCUUGGAGGGAUGCGCUUUGCCCUUUGAGAGAGGCGAUGAUGUUUCUAAGAUGGGGCAAGCGGUUCAAGCACGGCCGAGGCGGCGUGCGUCCUAAUUUGGAGAAGGCUCUUGACUCCUUCUUGAAAGGCGCGGCUCGGGGCUCUACCCUCGCCAUGGUUGAUGCUGGGCUUGUUUUCUGGGAAAUGGGUCGGAAAGACAAGGCGAUUUCCUUGUAUCUUAAAGCCGCUGAGCUUGGGGAUCCUGCUGGACAGUGUAAUUUGGGAAUUUCUUACUUGCAAGCUGAACCCCCAAAACCGAAGGAAGCCAUAAAAUGGUUAUCACAAGCAUCCAUUGCUGGACAUGUUCGUGCUCAAUACCAACUGGCACUUUGUCUGCAUCAAGGUCGUGGGGUGGAUCAUAAUCUACAAGAAUCCGCUAAAUGGUAUCUAAAAGCGGCUGCUGGUGGGUAUGUACGUGCAAUGUACAAUGUGGCGCUUUGUUACUCAGUUGGGGAAGGUUUGCCCCAAAAUCGUCGACAAGCAAGGAAAUGGAUGAAACGGGCUGCUGAUCGUGGCCACAGUAAAGCACAAUUUGAGCAUGGACUUGGUCUCUUCUCUGAAGGAGAGAUGGUGAAAGCUGUAGUUUACCUGGAACUUGCUACUCGUUCUGGUGAAACAGCAGCUGCUCAUGUAAAGAAUGUAAUUCUCCAGCAACUGUCAGCAGCUUCGCGUGAUCGUGUUAUGCUUCUUGCUGACAACUGGCGUGCGUUGCCUUCAUCUCACUGAGUCAUCUCAAAUCAUAGGUUGUCAUGCGGUAGCUUGCCUGCUAGACCUUUAAGUUUUUAAGAACCCAUGGUCCAAGUAAUUCUUGAACACUUGAAAUUUUUUAUAAUUUGACAGCAAUCCUGUGGAUUCAUGGUCUUCUCUUACUAUCUGCCAUGACCUUACCAGAUUUUUUGGUCGGCUAAGAAUUAUCAUUAUUUGCCAUGACCUGUAGCCACAAAUUUCAGCAUCGUUACACUUUUUAUUGGUGCACAACCUUUCCUGACCUCUGUUGCUUGUCUGCCUAAGAAACAAAUGGCUUUGACUUGUUCUUGGCUACAGUGAACAACUGCACUGUGGUUUAGUGUUGCAGUUUCUGGUUGCACUUGUUCAAGGCUACAGUGACAGUGCCGAAUGUUUUAGCUGAUAGUUCGAUUUGACUUAAUGGUUCCAUUUAUGGAGUACAGCAGGUGAUCUGUGAUAAUGUUGGUUAAUUUCUGUGUUUUAUACUAUUAAGUAAUGGGUGGAAGGGUUAUGCAUACAUUGUUUGAUCGAUUGAUCAUUAGUUUUAGUAGGCAUGACAACUUAGUGGGAAGACUAGUUGAUGCAAGUGAAUCACAACUCUCAUGUAAUAAAAAAAUACUGUACAGUUGGAUGAAUCUCUCUCUC